AUGCUUAUAACUUGCUUUUUACUUUCGCAGGUAUCUCUACUUAAAGGAAUUUUACAAAAAGAUGAAACCUCUUCUUUUAGCAACAAAGAAAGACUUAAGAGAAGAACCAUUGUAAUAAAAGAUUGGAUGAGCAGGUAUUUGUCAAUUCCCAAAUUCGUUAAAUGGUAUCCUUUUGGUGACUUGUUAGAAAUUUGGGCUCAUUUUGGCCUGUUUGUUCUCUGCAAAUAAUAUUUAAACUAAAUUGGUUUAACUUUUUUACUUUUAGAAUUGGGUAGUGUCCUUUACACUUCAUUUAUUGAAGGAAGUGGGUUAGGUUUGAACCCUUAUUGUCAAAGCGACGCUUUAAAGUACAGUUUUUUUUACAUUAUCGAUGGACUCAUGAUUUUUUUACUUGAUAUGAAUCUGGUUGCCAUAUAAAUAGCCUUUCACGCUAUCUUCUCGAUGCUUGUCAUUGUCCAUUGCAUCAGAUAGAGAUGCAAAUGGACUAAAUAUGAAUUUGGAAGUGAAGUCUGCUAGUUGAUAGACUUGGGUAUUAUAAAUGAGAGUCAUAUGGUGCUUUGCCAAUACAUAGAUCAGCUUGAAGUAAUUUCCCUUGAUAAAGGAGGUUAGAGGACCAGCGUUUCUCAAGCUAGUCUCUCUGAAAACGUUGAAAUAAAAAAGUUUUACCCUGAACAAAAAUUGAUAGUUAUAACUUCAUACUAAAGUUAUCCUAUUAACGUAGGAAAUAUGAUAACUGUAUCAACGAUAUCAAUCCCCAGUUUGAAUGUCAUCCAUUCUAGCUCUAAGAUCCUUGAAGUCAACAAACACUUCAUCCUAAAUGAUGCAUAACCUCAUCUUGCUGUUUUUGAAUCUGACAAAACAGCUAAUAGUACAAGAAUCAAAAUAUUUAAUCUCCUCUCCUACCAAGAGAAUUACAAGAGAUUUGAGCUAACGUAAGCUUUCUGUAUUAAUGAAUAUUUCGAAAGCGAGUAGAUAAAGCUAUUCAUGGAAAUUGAAGAAUUCGAUUCAGCAGAAAUGAAAGCUCGCAAAUCAAAUCACGUGAUAAAAGUUCAAAAUAAAACGAUUUGGGAUAUUGAUACUUCCAAGAAAAAAGCAUCUGAGUUAAUUGAAAAUGCACCAGAAAUUUUUUGCAUAGAGAAAAUCAAUAACAGAGUGCUUGCUAUGUGCGGAUAAUGGCGCAUUAUUCUAUACGAUAUGCCCACAAAAGUUAAAGUAAGAAGAAUCGAUGCAUUCCAUUGCACUUACUCCUUGAUGCCCAUUCAAAAUCAGUAAGACGCUUAUUUGGCUCUACCUCACGAGACUAUGAAAUCUAAAAAGAAUGCUUACCUAAUGAAAAAUAAAGAAAAAUCCGAUUAUGUAUGCUUAGACCAUGUCAUGCUUGAUACCUCCUUCAUCUCAUCAGCAACCUACUGGGCAGAAAACAAUACAGUCUCCCUAGUCAUUGGUAGAACUCUUUAUAUUAACAACAACAAAUACUUCUACUAGGAAUCAAAAGACUCUUUAGAUUUUUCUAUUUGUGUGACAGAGUGA